UCUGUGCCACUGCCACCCAGUCACCCACACUCCUCCCCUCUCGCAGUCUCUCUCCCCACAAAUCUUUCCUCGGCUCCUUGUUCCUGUACACACUGGAACAGGCGAGAGAGACGCCAAGGGGUUUGGUUGAGAGAGAGAGGGAUAGAGGAGUUCUUCAGUCAAUCUCAGUGAGUACGGGCUUGCUUCUGAAAUCUCUGAAACUUGCCAGAUAGUCGGUUGGUACGAGUCGCCUACCCGGUCAUUGGCUUCAGCUGCAAGCCUGCAAUGCACAGGUUACCAACAAUCGGUCAUUCUACAAUCUUAGACUCAGAAGUUCUGACCCGGGCAUGACAUAGUCCUGAAACUGCAAGACUCUGGAGACAUGGGAUGUGCUGCUUCCAGGUUAGAAGAUGAGGAGGCUGUCAAGAUGUGUAGGGACAGGAGGGACUUCAUCAAGCAGGCACUGGAGCAGCGCAAUCGUUUCGCGUCCUCUCACAUUGCCUACAUCGAGUCCAUGAAAUGUGUUUCGAUGGCCCUGCAGCGGUUUGUUGCCACAGAUGAUCACCUUGAGCUCAUGUUUGACCCAUUCAUCUCUCCUGUCAAGCAACACAAGCCAGAGAUGCUUGGCCUGCCUUAUGGUUCAUAUGAGAAGAGGACUGUUCAUGUUGCAAAGUACCUGAGGUCAGGUCCAAACCCAUCAGUCUCAGUUGAAGAGGCUCCACGGCCUGUGGAAACAAUCCGUGUUGAAUCACAUUAUCCCAUGGAUAGCUAUGGUGGCACAGAUAGAUUCUUCGCGGAGAAUUCCUCAUCGAUGAGGCCAUCUUCUUACAAUGUACCUUAUGACAGGCCAAACUACGUAACUCCAUCACCCCAGGAACCGGUGAGGAAUUCUUCUUAUUACAUGCCACCUUAUGACAGGCCAAGCUAUGCAGCACCCCAGGAGCCAGUGAGGAAUUCUUCUUAUUACACGCCACCUUAUGACAGGCCAAGCUAUGCAACACCUCAGGAGCCAGUGAGGAAUUCUUCUUAUUACACGCCACCUUAUGACAGGCCAAGCUAUUCAACACCCCAGGAGCCAGUGAGGAAUUCUUAUUACACGCCACCUUAUGGCAGGCCAAGCUAUGCACCUGCUUCACCCCAGGAGCCAAUGAGGACAUCUUAUUACGCAUCUCAUGAUAGGCCAAACUACCCGCCUCCGUCACCCCAGGAACCCGAAUCAUCACAGUGGGACUCCUUCUGGAACCCGUUCUCGUCGCUGGACAGCUAUCCGUAUCCGCGGCCUCGGAGUGGCUAUGACAAUGUGGUCACCGAUGAUGAAUUGGCACGGUUACAGAGGGUAAGAGAGGAGGAAGGAAUCCCAGAGCUCGAAGAGGAAGAUGAUGAGUGUCAAGAACGUGCACAGAUGCACAACAAAAAGGGGGAGGAGGAGGAGGAAGAAGAAGAAGAUGAAUCUGACGAGGAUGAUGACGAUGAUGAAGAAGACGAAUGUGAGCAUUCAGAUGAUCAAAGAUGUAUGGCUUCUAAUGAAGGUGCUCGCCCUGGGAAUUCUGAGGUCAAUGUCAAGCAAGAUCUAAAGGCAUUUCAAUCCAAAGGUGUUCAAUGUGCAGCCUUGUCCGAACCCCGUAAUGCAGUAGACCUUGAGAUCAAGACACAUAAGAAAGAACUGAUGAGGAACAAAGUAGCAAAUGCAGAAGAAACACCCGGUUUCACUGUGUAUCUGAACCGAAGGCCAGCGAGUCUGGUCGAGGCUAUGAAAGAUAUUGACAGUCAGUUCUUGGGGAUCUGUAGUGAUGCUCAGGAAGUCUCACGGAUGUUGGAGGCAAGUCGAGCUCAAUAUUCAACCUCAAAUGAUCUUUCUGUAAAGAUGCUAAACCCAGUCGCACUUUUGCGAUCUGCAUCAUCCCGGUCAUCAUCUUCGCGGUUCCUUCUUGCUUCCUCGAGCUCAAUAGAUGAUCUCUUUGACAAUGAUACGAGCAGCUGUUACUCUGAAGAAUCCUGCAGUACAAUGUCUGGAAGUCAUCAGUCAACUCUGGAUAGACUGUAUACAUGGGAGAAGAAAUUGUACAAAGAAGUAAAGGCGGGUGAGCGGUUAAGACUUGAGUAUGAAAAGAGGAUGGCACAUUUGCGGAGCCAGGAUGAGAAAGGGGAGGAGCCUACCUCUGUCGAUAAGACUCGUGCAGCAUUGAGAAGCCUACAUACUCGGAUGAAGGUCUCAAUACACACUGUUCAGUCAAUCUCAAGAAGAAUAGAAGUUCUGAGAGAUGAGGAGUUGCAUCCUCAACUUAUGGAGCUUGUCCAAGGACUAUCACGGAUGUGGCGAGCCAUGGGUGAACGCCACAAAGCACAGAAGCGUACCAUCGAUGACGCAAAGCUUCUCUUCCUCCACCAUCGCGCAUCGUCUGCGACCGCCGUAGCUCUCGGUCCUCCGGAGCCGAAUAUGCCGCCUCCGGCCGCUGUCGCGCUCGAGUGCGAGGUCCGAGCCUGGCGCGGUGCCAUGGAGGCCUGGCUGUCGGCACAGCGCGCGUAUGCGCGCGCCCUAGCCGCCUGGGCGCGACGCUGCCUGGGCGUAGGCACGGGCGCUGCCGCGCCACGCGCCAUGCCGCCGGCGUUCCUCGUGUGCAUGGAGUGGGGGCUCGCGGUGGACGCGGCGUCCGAGGCGCGGGUGAUGGAUGGGCUGGACUUCUUCGUGGCCGGCGUCGGGUCGGUGUGCACGGGCGCCGCCACGGGCAUGGAGGGCAUGGCGGGACGCGUGCUCUGCGCCGGCAUGGCGGCCGUGACCGGUGCCAUGGCCGAGUUCGCCGCGGCAUCUGCGGAUGGCUACGACGCCGCGGUGUCGGCGGCGAUCGCGCGCCCGCGGGAACAUGGGGAGAAGGAAAACGCGGCACAACCGCCGCCACACUAGCGGAAUUCCUGUUACAUGUAGCUAGGGAGAUGAAGCAUGCAGUCACAUGUGUAAUUUUGUAGCUAUAAAAGUGCGAUUUCAAGGCUGAUUAUUGUGAUUGAUGG